UCAAUCCCGGUCUCUUUCGUGAUCGCGAUUUUCAUAACAAAAUGUGCUCGAGCUCACGCUACUGUUUCCAUACCGCCUGUUAUAGUUUUCCUAUGAAAUUUAUUUUGCCGUAAAAGUGCCGCGAUAAUGUAUCGACUACUUAGCUUGAGGAGUUUAUCAAGCAAUAGAAACAAAUUACUUACCAACAAAAGCAGUGCAGCAAAAAUCAAUCCGAGAAUGGUUUGCUUCCAGAAAUUUUCACAUUUAUGUAACCAUAAGAACGCAAUGCUCGUUACACAAAAUUCACUGGCCGGAGAAGAACUGGUCACAAACAAUUUGAGUGUUAUAAAACGUGUCCACUCAACUACAGCUACGCCGGAAAUAUUACAAUCAAUGAAAAAAAAGAAAUCUAGAAAAUCCAGCUCGAAGAAACUAACAGAGCUUCUAAAAGUCACAGAAACAUCAACGAAACAAACCCAGACAUCCGUUGAGCAGUUGAAGGCGAAAAAACUUUCUGAUUUUAUAAAUAAUCAAAUUUCACGCAAAUCAAAGACUCCGUUAAGCCCUGCAGGGAACGAAAAUGAGAAAAAUAAACUCAGCCGUACAUUCGAAGAAACGCCUGUCAUAUCUAUUGGAAAGGACAUGCAGGAAAAGGAUCUCUCGAAGGAAACCCUUACAGAAAUUUUAGAGAGCUACAGAAUAUUCAAAAGCACCCAUGAUAAGCGACAUGAGCUCACCGAGUCGUCGGUUACGGAAGUUCAGUUUCUUGAACCUUGUGAGGCUUUCGAAGACGAAAUUACUGACAAAUCAACGGUUGAUAACGCCAUCAACAAGAAAAAGGGCAGAAAAGUCAAAUCCGUGGAAGACAAAGAGAAGAAAUUCAGUUCCAAGUAUUACAAGACAUCCGAUUUGGAGUUACAGGCUCGAGAAAAAAGUUUUAACGUUACUCUGUAUGCGUAUAUUGAUAUCUGCGUGAACGGAGGAAUGCUCAAUCGUGCCUAUGCAACAGUGCUAAACUACAGAUAUCGGCAUGACAAAAAAGUCAGUGUCGAUAUACACAUUUACAAUGUUCUUCUCCAUGGUUAUGCCGAGAAGGGAAAUAUUAUCAAAAUCAAAGAUAUUCUUAAGGUUUUGAAGGAGGAUAAAAUUGAACCGAACACGCAGACAUUUGCGGCAAUUUUUGAAUGUUUUGGGCGGCUAGAGCUUACGGAAGAACUUAAAAACGAUGCUCUCGCUAACCUGCGCACAGCUGAAAGCAAAGGAAUCUCGAUGAAUGAUGUGCUUGAUCAUAGCAAAUUCGUCCACGAUCAACGGGAAAUUGUGGUUGGUUUGUUCCGUGUGUUGCAACCGGGUUUCGAGCCAAAAUAUACUGCACCUGUGUUGCAUUACUGCAAUCAUCUACUGAAUCCGUUGAAUGAACACGUCAGACCAAUCGAUAAUGAACGUGGGAGGAACACAAGUAGUGAAUCUUUUGUAGGUUGUGAAAUUAUGAAUUCCAAAGCAGGAGUCUCCCGGGAACAAUUGGAACAGUUCGGCAAAGAACAAAUCGAGCUUGAACUGAAUAGACAUUUGGUGGUUAAGAGCGUUAAAAAAUUUCCGAAACAAACUGAAAGCGUUAAAUUUUACCGGAAAGAGCUGGAAGAGAUUCGCAAAGUGUGGACCAGGCAGAUAGCAGCAGCUUUCCAUCGUGACGUUAAUACUUUAAAGGCGGUUACCGAGUCCCGAUCCAACAGAUCAAUAAAUCUGUUCCCUUAUCUUCGGGCACUCACAGUGGCGCAGUACACAGAAAUUUUGUUGGACGAGGCUCAAAUGCUAUUGGAGGGAUCUGACACGUUCAGCAUGAUUGUGUCCCAUCUACAUCGAGAGCUUGGCCGGAAAGUGGAAUCUUGUUAUCAUGUUGAACAAAAGCGAGCGAAUGGAGUGUUGGAUAAAACUUGGGAGAUUUACAGUUUGUAUUGCAAUAUACUUGCAGAAGGUAAAACCAGUGACAAUCCAAGGCAACUAUGGCAACGGUUGGUUCACGAACAUCGGCACGAAGGCCCAAGCAUGGAUAUUCGAAGUGUACCUUGGCCAAAAGCAGCUAUAAGUGGAGUGGGGAGAUUCCUAUACAAUAUUUUAAAAAAUGAUCUCAAGAUCAAUGUGAACGCAGCAUCCCAAGGAAACCGUCAGGUGAAACUGUGCCCUGCCUUCUACUCGUUGUUUCGAUACGACGCAAAAAUUGCGAAAGAACAAGUCAAACCGCACCCAGUUCUCGUUAAGUUGUAUCGAAAAUCACAACCCGAUACAUUGAAAUUCGAUAUCAAUCUCGUUCCAAUGAUGUGUCCCCCUCAGCCUUGGAGUAGCGCCCAUAACGGUGGAUAUCUUAUAGUUAGGUCAGAUUUAAUUCGGCUGCCUCAACAAGCCCACCAACAAAAUGAACGAAUAAACGAAGCCAAUCCCCAAGAUAUGUAUCCAACGCUCGACGCUCUCAAUCAGCUCGCCAGUAUCGCGUGGAAAAUCAACGGAGAUGUGUUGGAUGUAGUAUUGGAAGUGUUUAACAACGGAGGAAACGAAAAGCUGGAUGUGCCGGAACCACCAAGUUCGUUAGCUCCGAUCGUAGAAAGCAUUCCCCGCAAGGAUAUGACAGGUUUAGAUAGGUUCAACUUAAUACGUGAAAAAAUGUCCCAUCGGAAAAAGCAAGGCGACAUGUAUAGCUUGUGGUGUGACGCCUUGUACAGACUUUCGCUGGCGAAUCAUUUCAGAGACAGAGUUUUCUGGCUCCCACAGAAUAUUGAUUUUCGCGGUCGUGUUUAUCCUAUCCCACCGCAUUUGAAUCAUCUGGGGCAUGAUCUGGCACGAUGUCUUAUGGUGUUCCAUCAGAAAAGACCGCUUGGACCAAAUGGUUUUGAUUGGCUCAAACUACACUGUAUCAAUCUGACUGGUUCCAAGAAGCGAGAUUCGGUCGAAAAUCGAUUGCAUUACGCCGACGAAAUUAUGGAUGACAUUCUAGAUUCUGCAGAUCGACCCCUGACGGGUCGAAUGUGGUGGACUAAGUCCGAUGAACCUUGGCAAACCCUGUCUUGUUGCAUGGAAAUCGCCAAAGUCCAAAGAUGUUCGGAUCCGGAGAGUUUCCUCAGCAGCUUUCCCAUCCACCAGGAUGGUUCAUGUAAUGGCCUUCAGCAUUAUGCUGCACUCGGACGGGACACACCCGGUGCCAUCAGCGUCAAUCUCGCUCCGGCAAGCUUACCUCAGGACGUUUACAGUGCGGUGGCAGCAUUGGUGGAAGAAAACCGUGCAAAAGAUGCGGCCAACAAUGUAAAAGUAGCCAGCGUUCUUGAAGGGUUCAUAAAAAGGAAAGUAAUCAAGCAAACUGUAAUGACAACUGUGUAUGGCGUAACUCGGUACGGCGCCCGGAAGCAGAUUGCACGUCAGCUGGAAUACAUCGACGAUUUUCCAAAGGAAUGGGUUUGGCCGGCUUCCAGUUAUCUCACAGCGAAAACAUUCAACGCACUCAGCGAAAUGUUCACUUCGGCAAAGGAAAUCCAAGAUUGGUUCACCGAUUGCGCACGGUUAAUUUCCGCCGUGUGUGCCCAAAACGUCGAAUGGGUCACGCCCCUAGGACUGCCAGUGGUCCAACCCUACAACUCCUCCGACCGGCCAGUCUCUUCGAAACAGUUUCCCGAACAUUUUUCAAUGGAUUCAUACGAGAAACCAAACAUUAUGAAGCAGAAGAAUGCAUUCCCGCCCAAUUUUGUACAUUCGCUAGAUUCCAGCCAUAUGAUGCUUACUUCGCUCUACUGUGAACGAGCAGGUUUGACAUUCAUUUCGGUACAUGAUUGCUACUGGACCCAUGCCUGCACUGUGGCUGCCAUGAACAAGAUAUGCCGUGAACAAUUCGUCGCAUUGCAUUCAGAACAAAUUCUCGAAGAUCUCUCCAAAUUUCUGGUAAAGAAAUACAGUUACGAAGAAAAUCAAAUAUCCAACGAUGGCUCAGUGAUAGAUUUAACCAAACGCAAACUGAAUCGUAUACUGCAACAGUACCCGGAGAAGGGAGAUUUUGAUCUGCAGCAAGUUUUGAACUCGGUGUACUUCUUCAGCUAGGUCGAAAGGACGGUCAAUUUUUGACCUAGCUUUCGAGCGGCACUACUUCCUCGGUAGUCUAGUCAAAUGUGAUUCAUAUGUUCGUUUUUGAACCAAAUAAUGUGAUGCUGGGUCGCUGGACGUUUAUCUCGUUGCCCAAAUGUUUUAUUCUUUUAUGUUAAGAAUCGAACCGGUGAGAAUGAAGGUAACCUAUCAAAACAGUGGAGAAUGGAAAUCAAAGAUAGAUGCUUCUCACAAUAA